UUUGCGCUAAAAGGGCUUUAAAUCGCCCAGUACUCAUUGUUCGUGCUGGAGAAAAGACCAUUCUUCACCUAGAAGUAGACCGCCAGUCAACUAUUUGACUAUUUUUGUUCUGUUUGAAUUAAUCUGCCUGAGUCAUCGCACAGAACUUCUCCCGAGACUUUGGUGACAUUCUAAAGCAAGAUGGGUGACUGGAGUGCACUUGGAAAACUAUUGGAUAAAGCACAGUCACAUUUGACUCCAGGAGGUAAAAUAUGGCUCACGGUACUCUUCAUCUUCCGCCUCCUGGUGCUGGGCACCGCGGUGGAGUCAGCCUGGAGUGAUGAGCAAUCUGCGUUCAAAUGCAACACAUUGCAACCAGGUUGUGAGAACGUAUGCUACGACAAAUCCUUUCCUAUAUCCCACGUUCGACUCUGGGUCCUCCAGAUUAUUUUUGUAUCGACACCCACUUUGGUGUAUUUGGCCCAUGUCUUCCUCAUCACUCAUAAAGGGAAAAGAAUAACCAAGAAGGAAAAGCAAUUAAUGGCACUCCAGGAAGAAGGUGAAGAUGUUGGCCUGCCCUUGAAACAAUUAGAACUAAAGAGAAUUAAGUAUGGUGUGGAGGAGCAAGGCAAAAUUAAAAUUAAAGGAUCCCUCUUGCACACUUACGUUGUCAGUAUAGUCUUUAAAAUCCUUUUUGAAAUCACUUUUAUAUUAAUUCAAUGGUGCAUUUAUGGUUUCAAAUUCAUGCUGGAUGCUAUUUACGCCUGUGAGAGGUAUCCGUGCCCACACAAAGUAGACUGCUUUCUGUCACGACCCACAGAGAAGACCAUCUUUAUCAUAUUCAUGUUGGUGGUAUCCGUUAUGUCAGCAACGUUGAACAUAGGAGAGCUCUUCUACAUCAUCUUCAAAAAUUUAGCUGAUCGUGUCAAACAGAAUAGUCACUUAUUUCAGGGCACUCAAAAAAUGGGCUUGAAUCCUCUCAAAGACUCCGCCUCAUCAAAGUAUGCCUACUACAAUGGGUGCUCCCCGCCAUCUGCUCCCAUGUCCCCUCCUGGAUACAAGCUUGCUACUGGGGACAGGAAUAUGUCCUCCUGCCGAAACUACAACAAGCAAGCAAAUGAACAGAACUGGGCAAAUUACAGCACAGAGCAAAACCGGAUUGGCCAGGCCGGGAGCACCAUUUCCAACUGCCAUGCACAGGCAUUUGACUACCAAGGUGAACAUGCAGCCAUGCAAAAGCUAUCAUCUGUUACGGAGUUGCAACCAGUUGGUCUCACAGAACAGAGGCCUCCCAGUAGAACCAGCAGUAGAGGGAGCAGUAGGCCUCGACCGGAUGACCUUGAGGUCUAACCCAGCCUAUUAUUUCGGACACUGCCUCAUUUCUACAGUCUUGAGUAAAUACACUUUUUUUGUGUUCUGGACAUGCUUCCAGAUAUUGGUACCUAGUAGUUUUGAGGUGUACACUAUAUCAACUAACAGUUCAGUGGUAUUACCUUUCAGUAGGACCACACUAAAGCACAACAGAAAUCAUGCAUUUGAGGACACUCACUCCUAUAAAAUCAUUUAACAAAAGCCCCACUGAAAACAUUAAAGAAAUACUUAAUGAAGAAACUUAAAUGAUGUUAUGCAA